AUGUCUUCUUCACAAAUCGAAUGGAAUUGCUCUCGUUGUGGAUCUGCUGUAACUGAUCGUCGAAAAUACUGUACCGAUUGUCACUUAGUGUUAACUUGGACAUGUACUGGCUCAGGAAAAUCUGGUUUGUACACGAAUUAUUAUCGUCAUUGUGACCGCUGUAGUUAUUGUACACCAGAACUUGAAGAAGAAAAACAACAGAAAAUGGAGGAAAAACAACAACAGUUUCAAGCUUUAAAUGAUAGUGAGUAACAUUAUUCCUCUUUACUGAAUAGAUUAUUAAAGGUUAUAUGAAAAUUUAAAAUUAUUUAUUUGUAAGCAUAAAUUUAUUUUAUGUUAUUUUUCCUUUAUUUUCUUUUAUUCUUCUAUGUAGAUGUUCUUGUACAGAAUGAUAAUGUACAUCUGUAGAUGGUGAUGG